AUGCACCCCCGCAGCGGCUCCUCGAUCAAGAACGGCUUCUUGGGCGGCCAUGGCGGCGGCGAGCGCUUGCUGCGCUCCUGGGCGGCCGCGUCGUCCGUCACCUUCUCGCUCCUCCUCAACCGGCUCGAUGAGCGGCUCCCGCGGGACCGCGACGCGGAGGCCCUGGAAGACCUGCUCAGCCAGGAGGAGGAGGAGUUCGUGGAGGACGAAGAGGAGUCCACCGAGUCCGAGCCGGAGCCCGAGCCCAUGGAGGAGGAAUUUGACGGCGUGCUGACAGAAGAUGUCACUGCUGAAGCCCUGCACAGGCUGGGGCGUUCAGCCCCUGGCACAGAACACGUCUACCUUGACCUUACGCUGUCGAAUCACAGUUUAAUUAACAUUCAAGUUCUCUGCAAAUAUGUUCAUCUUGAGAAGCUGGAUCUUUCCUUCAAUAGCAUUAAUGACCUUUCCUGUGUCAGUCAUAUGCCUUACUUGUUGGAACUGGAUGUUUCCCAUAAUGCGCUUACCACAUACUUUGACUUCAUUCCACCUAAGAAUCUCCAAGUGGUGAACUUUUCAUACAACAUGAUUCCAGAAAUGCGAGAUCUUUCUGCCUACCAGUCACUUACAAAGCUCAUACUGGACAAUAAUAACAUCAAAGAGAUCCGAGGCCUGGAGAAGUGUCACAGCCUGACGUACCUCAGCUUGGCAAACAACGAGAUCACAGCCAUCACUGGCCUGAAAAACCUCCCCAUCAAAACGCUCUGCCUGAAAUCGAACAAAAUAGAGAAGGCCACUGGCUUGGAAGAUCUAAAAGUUCUACAGACCCUGGACUUGUCCGGCAAUCAGAUCAGCAGUUUGGAAGGCCUGGAAGAACGCAAUCUACUGGAGGAGAUCAACCUGGAAGAUAACCAGGUGUCUGACCUGAGCGAGCUGGAAUAUAUUGAAGGCUUACCUCUCCUCAGAGUACUCAAUCUGCUAAACAACCCAGUGCAGGAACACACAGAUUAUUGGCUUCUGGUCAUUUUCAUGCUGCUUCGACUUACAGAACUGGAUCACAAGAAAAUUACAGUACAAGAAAAGGUUGCAGCUGUGAACAAGUACGACCCUCCUCCCGAAGUGGUGGCUGCCCAGGAUCACAUGACCCACAUCAUGUACAGCAUGAUGCAGCCACAGCAGGUCUUCAGCAGCACCCUGCCUAGUCUUGAUGCCCCCUACCCCAUGUUGGUGUUGACCGGACCCCUGGCCUGCUGGAAGCGAGAACUUUGCCACAGACUCUGCAGAAAGUUCAACAACUAUUUCAGAUACAGUCCCUGCCAUACCACAAGGUCUCCUUAUUUUGGCGAAGAGAACAGAUUAGAUUACUAUUUUGUGUCCCAGGAGGAGUUUGACAAAAUGGUGAAUACGGGAAAAUUUAUUGCAACUUAUAAAUAUGGUGAUUUCUAUUAUGGGCUGGGUCGAGACACCAUUGAGUCCAUUGCUCGGGAGGGACUUGCCACCUGUGUUCACCUGGAAAUAGAGGGUGUGAGAAGCCUGAAGAAUUCCUACUUUGAACCACGCUACAUCCUACUGAUCCCCACGAACAAAGAAAAAUAUGAGGGUCACCUGCGAAGAAAGGGACUGUUCACUAGGCCAGAAAUCGAAGAAGCAGUCUCUAGAGUGGACACGUACAUCAAAGUGAACCAGGAUUUCCCGGGGUUCUUUGAUGCCGUCAUCAGCAUCGAUGAUUAUGAGGAAGCCUUCGCUCAGCUGAGCCGCCUCAUCGCGGAGUUCCUGGGCCUAAAAGAGCCUUCAGAAACUGGGGUCGCCGUCCCUGCCCCAGACCGUCGUCUCCCUUCAGCUCCGAGCAAAGACUUCUCAGCAGGUGUGAAGGUACCCAGCAUCAGAGGCACUGACGGAGUAGCGCCAUCACCCACUCCUGACGAGUUUUUGGACUCCUCAGCCAAGAAUUACUCUGCUGUCAUAUCAGCCAAACUUUCAGCACAGAAAACACCCGUGGAGGAGGCGUCUCUGCAGAGGAGGCAACGCACAGCCAAGCAAGGCCUGCUGGGGAAGGCCAUCAGUUCGUACUCCCAGCUGUUCCAGAGGGAGCUUGGGACCAGCUCCGCAGGAGCCUCCACGCACGCGCGAUUUCUGGAACUCCCGUCUCACACCUCCCUGCGCUCGUCCGGAAGCUCUGCCAGGCUGGAUCACGGUGUCCCACCCACCAGCCCAGACCAGAGCUCCAAAGAAUCGUCCUCUGCAGCCGGGUUUUCUCUCGCUUCCUCAGCUGGGCGGUUUUCAUCCCGUGUGUCUUCACCCCGGACCCCCAGGGGCUUCAUGGUUCCACCCGCGGGCGAGGAGGCCGUUGGAGACCAGGCAGAGAAUAAAGAACCAGAUCGUCCUGCUGGUGUGAAGGAGAAGAAAGCACCCAAAGCAAAACCUGUUUCCCCUCUUGCAUCCCAAAUCGCUACCCGCCCAGGCUCCAACAGCAAACCUGUGCUCCCUCCCAUCCCAUCAGGGCGGAAAAAACCCGCGCCCCUGUCACCGGAAAGCCCCCUCUCUGCCCCACUCCCCGCCCCAAAACCUUUGCUGUAGCCCCUUCCCAGGCCCCUUCAAGGACAGAGCUGCCUUCGCUUCUGGAGAUCGUGACCAGCCCAUCUUUGAUGGGGCUUUGCCUGCGGUCCCCGAAAGGAGUGGUGCGGAGGAGGGGUCCCGGCGAAGGCACUGCUGUGGCAGCCAUUCUUACUGGUGGGUGGCCUCUCGUUCCAAGCCGCUUCCCACGGCUAACCCCCGCUUUCCCCUACCAGGCGAACGUGACGGCUCUCCAGCAGAACUUCCCUUGGAAAUGGCUGCCACUUCCCUGCCCAGUUAGCACCCGGGCAGGUUUUUACUUCUAGAUUGCAAGCAGAUUGCGUGGUUACUUAGAACUCUGCCUUACUGUUCUUUUUUUCACUAUAAAAUAACUGAACUGGACAUAUGGCUGCUGUACAUACCAAACUCGCCUUGCAGUCGGGGACCUCCCACUAUGGCGUGUACCUGUGCGCAUCUCCCUUGCCAUGCAGGCAGUCGCCAAGCGAGUCCCCAGUAACGGCUUGUUCCCAGAUACUUCUGUGAACCCGAUUGCCAUGGCAAAAGCCACCCUAAGGAGGUCUGACCUCAGCUUCACGUGGUGAUUUUUUUUCUUUUUUGU